UGAUCAUGAAGACAUGAACUACGCAAAGUUUUUUCAUUCUGCCUCUUCUCUUGUUAUUAGCGACUGAGUGUAGAAGAGUAGUAACUAGUAAGGUUCUAGAUCUCUGGUUUUACCUACAAACAUUUCGCUAUGUUGCACCUUAACUAAAUCCCUAAACUAUUUCUUAUCUUAGCAGUUAGCCCUCACUUGUUACUCGUGAGUGAUUUGUGACUUGUCCUUCAUUAAUUAAACAUCAUCAACAAAUUGAAUUAAACUAAGUUAGUAACGCUUCAUACCCACUUGCUUGUACUAACCUCAGUUACGCCGUCGUGGUGGUGGUGGCCGUGGAGGAGGCAUAAUUGAAUCCAUCAAUUGAAUCUCAUAAAAGAGUAUAGAGCUGAUUGAUGAUGGGUUUUCAGUUUGUGAGUCGCACCCACCAUAACCGUUGCUAUGGAAAUCUGAUUCCGAUUCUGAUUCUGAUUAUUCUGAUCGCACAGCAAUCGAAUGUGAAUGGCUCCAUCCACGAGUACUCGAAGGAGCCCUUCACCCACCGCUCCAAUGCAUUCUUCUUCCACGGCGGCAGCGAGGCCCUCUUCGCCUCCUCCUCCGCCUCCCAAUCCUUCAUAAAGUUCGAGAGCGUGGUCUUCACGCGCCCCAAAUUCUCCGCCGCAAAGCACGGCGACAUGCAGCAGAACACGGGCCUGGUGGAGGCCAUCGUCCUGGAAGUGAAGGAUCGCCUCCGCAUCGGCGGGUCCCACCUCAAAUCGGAGCUUAUCUGCUGCACCAAGGAGCUUUCCGAUAGCCACCUCUGCAACCUCGGCGAGGUCAUCAUCGAGAAGAAUCCCGACAACCCGGAGUUCCCGAGGCGCAUCAAGACCUUCUUCCAGGGCACCGAGGAGCAUACCGCCAUGGAGACACAAACCGUUACCGUCAACGCCACGGGAAUGUACUACCUCUACUUCAUGUUCUGCGAUCCGGAGCUGCAAGGCACCAUCAUCUCCGGCAGAACCGUGUGGCGGAACCCUAACGGUUAUUUACCGGGCAAAAUGAUCCCUCUGAUGCGAUUCUACGGGUUAAUGUCGCUGGCGUAUCUUGUGAUGGGGAUGGUUUGGUUCGCGAGAUUCGUGCAACUGUGGAAGGAUAUCAUCCAUUUGCAUUAUCAUAUCACGGCGGUGAUUGCUUUGGGGAUGUGCGAGAUGGCGGUUUGGUACUUCGAGUAUGCCAAUUUGAAUGCCACCGGGAGCAGGCCCAUGGGGAUUACGGUGUGGGCCGUAAGCUUGAGCACGGUGAAGAAGACGGUGUCGCGGCUUCUGCUGCUGGUUGUGUCCAUGGGAUAUGGUGUGGUGAGGCCCACCAUUGGAGGCAGUGGGAUGAGCUCCAAGUCCAGGAUGAUGCUUCUUGCUGUACUCUACUUUGUGGCCUCCGAGGCCCUCCUCCUUGUCGAGCAUUUGGGCAACAUUAACGACUUUUCCGGCAAUGCUAAGCUUCUUCUUGUGCUCCCUGUUGUUUGCCUCGAUUCCUGCUUCAUUCUCUGGAUCUUCUCUUCUUUGUCCAGCACCCUCGAGAAGCUGCAGAUGAGGAGAAACUUGGCUAAGCUGGACCUCUACAGAAAAUUCACAAAUACGCUUGCCGUCUCUGUCUUGCUCUCUAUUGCAUGGAUUGGCUUUGAGCUAUACUACAAUGCAACUGAUCCUCUGAGCGAGCUGUGGCAAAUAGCUUGGGUCAUUCCAGCUUUCUGGUCUUUGCUUUCUUAUGCUCUAUUGCUCGUUAUAUGCAUCCUUUGGGCUCCUUCUCGUAACCCCACUAGAUAUGCAUACAUGGAAGGAGAUGACUUUGACGAGGAGGGUAUCUCUCUGACAAGCGGCGUAGCAAAGAUGAGUGGGGACGUGAAAGGUUCUAUUGUCACAGAUCGAGAAGAUAUUGAGGAAGAUAAGCGAGAAUGAUGUUUUUAACUUGUAUAGUGAUGGAAGUGUUGCUUACGAGAGACAGAGAGGGAGAGUUGUAUCAUAUAGAAAGACUCGGAGACAAAGACGUGCAUAUAUAAACGUGGUUUUGUACGUAGAAGAAUAUUUCACUUGGUAACAUGAGCAAGAGUUAGGCAGCACCGUUAAAUCAAACAUACCAUUUGCUACUGACUACUGAAUGAAAUUAAGAUCAUCUUUAGUUUUAGUUUCA